AUGGCUCUUGCGGGCGCGUGUCUCAGCAUCGCAACGGUCGGUCUGUCUGUGUACGACGGCCUGGUCGUGAUGUGUCUCCUGGGCUCGGUAGUCGCCGUGUUUUUGCUCGGCGUGACAACUCAUAGCCCCGUAACCGAGGUCGAGCGGUUCUCUGGCCUGUUGGGGUUGUCGGUGUCCACGGGGUUUACACUCGGAGCCGCGCGACUCGAGGCUUCCGCGGAUCCAAACGUUGUCGCGGUCGCCCUGGCGGGAACCACUCUACUCUUCGCACUUUGCACUCUCAGCGCUCUGUAUUUCGAACGCAGGGUGUUCUUGUUGGUGGGAGGCGUACUCCCCGUACUCUUCAUCAUGUUCCUGCUGACUACGCUCGAUAUCGUCACUGACAUGGACACGCACCUAGGGGUGUUACUAUACUGCGUCUUGAUUGUGAUGGAUACGCAAGUGAUCAUCGAGAAAGCGGACGCGGGUGACACCGACUACAUAUGGCACUGUGUGGGACUGUUUCUCGACAUCGCCGAGAUGUUUAGGAAAAUCACGGCAAUACUCGGCCGCAAGACAAACAGCAAAGGGGAUACGUUAGAGACAGACGAGCACGGUGGCAACUAUGAGACCAAUACUACAAUUG